AAAUAGGAAAAUAGAUUCACUUCAGUUGAUUCGACACACGCAUCAAAAGUUGCACAUUUUUUUAUUAAAAUAAAAAGUAAACGUUAAUCCGUUGAUAUUAAUUCAAUCACGAUGGCAGAAGAAUACUUUUAUCAAGCAACACUCAAGGGUGAAAAAUCAACAGAAAUCUGGGAUCCAGAGCACAAAAAUGACGACGCUGAAGGCAGCAAUCCACAUUUUGGCGUUGACCAAAAACUCAUCAUCAAAAUGGCACUUGUUGGACCAGAAGCCAAAGAAGGUGAACUCAAUGUAUUGGGAGUUGAAGCUAUGGGAUUAAAAGGACUUGUCAAGACUCCAAUUGCACUUUUGCAAAGAGGAAAAACUGAACAAAUUGCACUUGAUCUCAGUUUCCCAGAUCCACCAGUUACAUUUUCUCUCAUUCAAGGAUCUGGUCCAGUCCACAUUGUCGGACACAAUCUUCUUGGAACACACAUAGAAGAAUUUGACGAUUUGGAAGAUGAAAUGGAAGAAGAAAACAUUGAUGAUGAAGAUGAUGAAAAAGACAGUGAUCAAGAUGGAGAGGAAGAUGAUGAACCCAAGAAAAAAAUGGCAAAAUUGACAGCUGCAAGCAAAAAUAACAAAAAUCAAGUCAACAAUAAGAACAACAAGAAGAAAUAAGAAAAAAAAAUAAUAAUAUUUCUUUAACAUGUGUUAUUUAAAAAAUAAAAAUAAAAAAAAGAGAAAUCCAGGUUUAAGCUUAGGUUUUUAAAUUUAAGUCAUCAUGAAAUUCCAUUUGUGCUGAGUCAACAAUUGCACUAAAUUAUCAACUCGAUUAAACAAUUAUUAAUAAAUAAACAAUAAUUUUUUUUUAUUUUUUUUUUUCUGUAAUGGAC